GGAUGGGCUCGUAUGAACAGCUCCAACAAAACUUUAACCACUUCACUGACUUCACAGCCGUAGCCUCAGGCUGCCUCUGGGAUGAGUCUUCCACUCUCGCACUUAUUGUAGAAGUUUUCUUCCCCAUGAUGUUACGCAAGUGCACUACGACUUUGUGGCGUUGCUGAAAUUAAGGUACCGCGACUGUCUGAUAUGUAACGGUGCAUUAGCAUGUUGCCGUCCAGCGGUACAGUUGGUAUCUCGCGUCUCAUCCCACCCCCCACCCCCCUUCUCCUGCGGUGCUGGUUUAGUCUGGCUCGCCCCCAGUUGCUGCAUUUGUCCCGGGAUGACCUGUUGAUGUCGGGAAAAGAUGGAGUAUGGGGAUGACCCCCUCCCCUUUAUUUAUAUAUAUGUAUAUAUAUUUAUUUAUAUAUAUAAGACAUAAAAUAGCUAUAGGGAAUCGCUUUUUAAAUAAUUCUGCCUAAAAAAGACCGGUACACAAAGUAGGAAAUGUAGGUUAUAUUAUUAAUUCGAUGGGAUUUCCAAUCUGGGAAGUCGGUGGAGAAUGCCUAACAUUUACUGUUGAUGGGCGAACCCAAAAUUUUGGAGUACAGUCAGAUAUCCCGUCUGUAGGCCGUAGGAUGUAACUCAAGUCGACAUCGCAUUGCACUGGCAUAGAGGGGGCGAGAACGGCGGAUGUGGAUGCCUUAAUAAUUUAUUUGUUCGCCUAUUUUUGAGACAGGCUGCUUGUGGGUGUCCUUUUAAGUGCGAUAGGAGGUGCAUCUGCAGAGGAAAUCGGGGGAUACUGUAUCGUUUUUGUCUUCCGUCGCCCCCCGGCCCGUGCCAACUGAGUGCUCCGAUCCUACGGGCAGAGAUAGCCUACUGGCACACGACGGGGCACGGAUAGCCCGCUGCCCACACCGACUUGCAGCUACCAAGCCCUUUCUCUCUCACGAACGGGGCGAGACCUCCUGAAACUACACUUUCAUACCCUGUAGUUUGGGGGCUAUGGCUCAGACGCUGCAGAUGGCCAUUCCCAAUUUCGGCAACAACGUCCUAGAGUGUCUGAACGAGCAGCGUCUGCAGGGGCUCUAUUGCGAUGUGUCGGUGGUGGUGAAGGGCCACACCUUCAAGGCCCACCGGGCGGUGUUGGCGGCCAGCAGCUCCUACUUCCGCGACCUGUUCAACGCCAGCGGGGCGGACGGCGGCGGCACCAAGAGCGGCGGCGUGGUGGUGGAGCUGCCGCCGGCCGUGCAGCCACAGAGCUUCCAGCAGAUCCUGUCCUUCUGCUACACGGGCCGGCUGAGCAUGAACGUGGGCGACCAGUUCCUGCUCAUGUACACGGCGGGCUUCUUGCAGAUCCAGCAGAUCAUGGAGAAGGGCACCGAGUUCUUCCUGAAGGUCAGCUCGCCCAGCUGCGACUCGCAGGGCCUGCACGCCGAGGAGGCACCGCCCUCCGAGCCCCAGAGCCCCGUCACCGGCGGAGGAGGAGGGGCGGUCGCCAUGGCGAGGCCGUCCUCCUGCCUCACGCCGUUGCCGCUGGUGACCCGAGUGAAGACAGAGCAGCCUCAAACUCAACCUCAACCUCAGACCCAGCAACAGCAGCCUCAACAACAACAACAACAACAACCACCACCUCCACUACAGCAGCAGCAGCAGCAGCAUCAUCAACAGCAGCAGCAGCCAGAGCCCAACUCCUACUCAGUAGUCUGUACCCCGGUGGCCAAGCGGCUCUGGGAAGGGGGAAACCGCGAUGGGGGUUCGAGCGGGGGAGGAGGAGGAGGGAUGAGGAAGGCCGCCCGCUUCUCCCAAGAGGCGGCAAACUCCCGGGGGGGCGGGAGCGCCGGCGGAGGAGUGGGAGGGGGUCCCGGAGGAGCCUCCAACCAGAGUGGAAUGGGGAUCCUUGGAGGUACCACCAUCACCACCAACAACAGUGGUUCCAACAGCAACAACAACAACAACAACAGCAGCAGCAACCACCCGUCAGAGGGCACCAGCCCAGGCACGCUCAGCAUCUACACCAGCGACUCGCCCAUCUCCUACCACGACGAGGAGGAGGAGGAGGAGAUGACGGACGACGCCGAAGAGCAGUACCGGCAGAUCUGCAACAUGUACACCAUGUACAGCAUGCUGAACGUGGGAGCCGCCGCCGGCGAGGAGCUGAGGGGAUGGAUGGAAGGAUGGAGAGAAAGAGAAGUAGCUGGUGAGCGUGUGGACGCCCUGCCGGAUCACCUCACCCCGGACACGCGGGGCCGUGUGCGCGUGCGCCAGGAGCUGGCCUCGCUGCCCGCCGAGCUCAUCGCCCAGAUCGGCAACCGUUGCCACCCCAAGCUGUACGAGGAGGGCGACCCGGCCGAGAAGCUGGAGCUGGUGUCGGGCACCAGCGUGUUCAUCUCACGCGCCCAGCUCAUGAACUGCCACGUCAGCGCGGGCACACGCCACAAAGUGCUGCUGCGCCGCCUGCUCGCCUCCUUCUUCGACAGGAGCACCCUGGCCAACAGCUGUGGGACUGGCAUCCGCUCCUCCACCAACGACCCCAGCCGCAAGCCGCUGGACAGCCGGGUGCUUCACGCAGUCAAGUUCUACUGUCAGAACUUCGCGCCCACCUUCAAGGAGAGCGAGAUGAACGCCAUCGCGGCCGACAUGUGCACCAACGCGCGGCGCGUGGUGCGCAAGAGCUGGAUCCCCAAGCUGAAGCUGCUGAUGGCCGACAGCGAGGCGUACGCCAGCUUCCUGCCCGAGGGCCUCAAGCUGGAGGCCGACGCCCUGGCGGCUGAGCACGGCCUGGAGGCCCCCGCCGCCGCCGCACUGGAAGGAGCCGAGGCCGGGCCGUCUUCGGCCGACGCACUGCAAGGCGAGGCAGGGGAGGCUGGCACGCUGUUCUGAGGGAGGGAGGGAGGGAUGGGGGGGAGAGAGGGAGGGAUGGAGGAAGUUGGUAGUUCUAUAGUGGCGUGCCUCCUGUUUGCUUUUUUUUUUUUUUCUUCUCAUUUUUGUACGGUUUGUUGUCGUCGUCUUUGUGUUUGCUCUCUUUCUCUCUCUUGCACAUUUUAGUGUUUUUUUUUCUUCCCUCUCCUCCCCCUUUCCCCAGCUCCUUCCACUUGGCCUCUGCCUUGUAUUAGAGAGGCACGAAAGAUGGAGAGGACCAGGGAGGGGAGGGAAGAACGCUUUGGGAAUCAACGGUGAUGAGGGUCAGAGUAUAAAAAAAAAAAAAAAGAUGAUCGUUAUGAUCGAGUUGUACUACAAGCAGACAGAGUGAUGCCCUAUUAUUAGUGUGUGGAAAGGUGCCCCUUUUUGUGGGCGGUGACAGAAGUAAGUGUGUGUGUGUGUGUGUGUGUGUGUGUUCUGGGCUUGCAUCAUCAAUGGCCCCUCUACGCUUCAUAUCAUAAACACAUUCCCAGUUGGGUAGGGGUGGGUGGGUGGGGGGGGAAGGAGAAUAGAGGAGUCUGUAUGUGUGUGUGUGUGUCGUCUAUAUAGGGGGGAGGGGGUCCAAAGACAAACCAAUCCAGCUCUGACAACACAUAAGUUACAAAUGUUGAAUGUAUCCAUGAGGAACGUCAGGAAAAUCGCUGGCGCUCCAGGGCCGUAAGAUUGUAUUCAUCCGUUAUCGUGACAACCGUUACAAACUCAAAUGGGUAUGGGAAGUGAAAUAUAUAUACGAUUCAAUAUAUAUAUUAUUAUGAAAGAGUGGAUUCUGCUCUGCGUCGGCACAUAAUUUGGACCCUCUCCCAAAUCCGAAGCUACUUCUAUCGCCCCAAACAAAUUUUCAUUCUUGUCAUCUACUUCUGUUUUGAUAUCUUCUUACUUCCUUUAUUUGUCUUGUCUUGUGUUCAUUGUGUGCGUGCAUGGCUUGCCAAUUCAGAAUUUGUUACUGAGAGGAAUUGCAGCGAAUGGAAAAUGGACGAUGCCUCAUGUUUUUAAAGGUACUUAAGAACGGAUUGUGUCCUCACAGCUGUUGCGUUUAAACCGAGCGAAGCGGAGACUGUUUAGAUGGUUGUGCAAAUAUCUUUGAAUUUUAAAAUGGAAUCAAAUCAUUAGAGCCAAUGCUUACAUGAAGAUUUAAAAAGAGCAUGGACUACAUUUUUGUUUGCAUUAUCAAGCCCUUCUCCAAAAAAUGUUCAAGUCUGUUUUUCUUUGUUUAUCUUUGCUUAGCAAAGCGGCUAAUACGUGGGCCUUGUUUGCUAUUUGGAGGUGGAGGCGGGGAGGGGUAACUAAGGUGAAAAGCUGUUGAGGUGCUGUGUUUUCAAAGAGGGUUUUGUGUGCCACUGAAAACCUCUCAAAUGCCAGUCACUUUGUUAGAGAGCCCUGACUUUGGGCUUGAUUGAUACAAGAUGUGUUUGUAUUUUUAUUUAUUUUUUUUGUCUUACUUAAGUCUUUGGUGCUGAUUGUGCGAUUGUUGUGAACCCUGCGUUCUGGUGUGCCAUGGUUCUGUGGAGGGCAUGGAGGGGACGGGAGGGGAGGGGUAAGUGCGUGCAACACUUAGUGUGAGUGUGAGUGUGAGUGUGGGGAUGAGUGAGUGUGAGGCAGCAGCAGCACACGCGUGCUGCCAGACGGCGCUUGCCUCUGUGUGCUCCUUCACACGCCUGACUGCUCCUGUUCAUCCGUCACAUUGGGAUGUGCCUGAUGCAGCCACCCACCCACCCAUCCACCCUCCCACCCAUCCACCCUCCCUCUCUA